AUGGAAAAGCAGCCACAGCCUGUGGUUGCAAAGCCACCACCUCCAUUGCCUCAACAUUUGGCAAGACAGAAAAAAGAGACUACUUACAAGAAGUGCCUUGAUUUGCUUAAGCAGGUACACGUGAACGUCCCGUUGGUUCAUAUGUUGCAGGGUAUUCCAAAGUAUGCUAAGUACAUCAAAGAUAUUGUUGCAAACAAGAGCCGGUACACAGAGUAUGCCACUGUUGCACUUACUGAGGAGUGCACUUCUUGCAUUCAAAACAGGUUGUCCACCAAAUUGAAGGAUCCCGGAAGUUUCAUGAUUGAAAUUUCUAUUGGGAAGCAGGUUGUUGCUCGAGCACUAUGUUAUCUAGGUGCAAGUAUAAAUUUGAUGCCUUCAUCUAUCUUCAGGAAGCUAGGUUUGGGAGUGCCCAGACCAACCACUAUAGUUCUUCAGCUGGCAGACAGAUCGUUAGCAAGACCCGAAGGCAUUAUUGAAGAUGUAUUGGUGCAAGUAGGGUCGUUGAUAAUUCCUGCAGACUUCGUGAUUUUGGACUUCGAGCCAGAUCCGAAAGUCCCAUUUAUUUUGGGGCGUCCAUUCUUGGCCACAGGGAGAGCACUUAUUGAUGUAGCUGCUGGGCAGCUCACCAUGAGAGUACAUGACAAAGUUGAAGUCUUCAAUGUAUACAAGGCUCUGAAGAUGCCUGCAAUCUAUGAGGAGCUGUCAGUCAUUACUGUUCUGAAUGAUGAUACUCGAAGGUCACUCAUCACUUCUCAUGAUCCAUUAGAGAGAGCCUUAGUGGGUGAUGAUAUUUUUUGUGGUUCGGCGGCGUUUGAGAUGGUGCAGAUUCUGGAUAUGGCGAGCAUUUAUAUUCGUGAAGGCGAGUUUGAGCCUUUAGACAAAAAAAUGGGAGUAAAUCCGAAGUUGUCAAUUGAAGAGCCUUCGAAGUUGGAAUUGAAGCCCUUACCCGCACAUCUUAAAUAUGCAUUUUUAGGCGAGGGUAAUGCCUUGGCAGUGAUAUUAGCAACAGAGUUGACCGACGAAGAGGUUAGUGUUUGUCUGGAAGUAUUGAAGUCUCACAAAAGGGCAUUGGGGUAG